AUGAAUCUUACUAUUCUACCUCAUGGGUCUCGUGCAUACACAAAAUAAUACUAAAUAAUAACUAAUAAGUAAAGUAUAUAAAACCAAAUUAAGGAUGAACUUGAAGAAAAAACCAAAUUAGUCAGUAAUGGAAGGUGUUGAAGUUGAACGACCAUUGAAACUUCACUUUAUUCCAUAUCUAGCACCUGGCCAUAUAAUACCUUUGGGUGACAUAGCAUCUUUGUUUGCAUUGCGUGGACAACAAGUCACAAUCAUCACCACUCCCUCCAAUGCACACUUCUUUACCAAAUCUCUCUCAUCCGCCGAUCCCUUCUUCCUCCGUCUUCACACAGUCGAGUUCCCCUCCCUACAAGUUGGCCUCCCAGACGGUGUCGAAUGUUUGUCCUCCACAACUGGUCUUGACACCUCCAACAAGAUCUAUGAAGGAGCGAUGCUUCUCCAUGGACCCAUUGAGGAUUUCAUGGAGAAUGAUCCACCAGACUGCAUCAUCGGCGAUGCUCUUUACCCUUGGGUUCAUGACUUGGCCCAUAAGCUUCAGAUCCCUAGCCUCGCCUUCAACGGAUUCUCCCUCUUUACCAUCUCCCUCAUGGAAUCCCUCAGAAUAAGCAAUUUCUUUCAUGAUUCGGAUUCAGGUUCGUUUGUUGUUCAAAAUUUUCCUCACUGUAUUACGAUGUGCUCAAGACCGCCAAAGAUAUUUGCCGGAUUCAUGGAAAUGAUGCUUGAGACGAUACUCAAAAGUAAGGGACUCAUCGUCAACAACUUCGCUGAACUUGAUGGAGAAGAGUGCAUCGAACACUACGAGAAAACCACAUGUCAUAAAGCUUGGCAUCUUGGUCCAGCUUCUCUUAUUCGCAGAACAGAUCAAGAGAAAGCAAAGAGAGGAAAUGAGAGUGUUGUGAGCAUGCACGAGUGUCUGAAUUGGCUCAACUCAAAGCGAGAUGACUCAGUGUUGUACAUAUGCUUUGGAAGCAUGUGUUUUUUCUCGGAUAAACAACUUUAUGAGAUUGCGUGUGGAAUAGAAGCAUCGAGUCAUGAAUUCAUAUGGAUUGUUCCAGAGAAGAAAGGGAAAGAAGAUGAGAGUGACGAAGAGAAAGAAAAAUGGUUGCCGAAAGGAUUUGAAGAGAGAAACAUUGGAAAGAAGGGUUUGAUUAUUAGGGGGUGGGCUCCACAGGUUAUGAUUCUGAGCCACACUGCAGUGGGUGCUUUUAUGACACAUUGUGGGUGGAAUUCAACUGUGGAGGCGGUUAGUGUGGGAGUUCCGAUGAUCACUUGGCCAGUGCAUUUCGACCAAUUCUACAAUGAGAAGCUGAUAACUGAUGUGCGUGGGAUUGGAGUGGAGGUGGGUGCAACAGAAUGGUGCCUUGAUGGAGUUGAAGAAAAGGAGAAGGUGGUGAGCAGAGAUAGUAUAGAGAAGGCUGUGACGAGAUUGAUGAACGGUGGUGAUGAAGCUGAGGAAAUUAGACGGCGUGCUCAAGAGUUUGGGGAUAAGGCUAGACGAGCUGUUGAAGAAGGUGGCUCGUCUCAUAAUAAUUUGUUGGCUUUGAUUGAUGAUAUUAAGUUUGAGAGAUCACAAGACACGUUGAUUUUUUCAAUUCUAUUUAAUUCUAGUACUAGUAAAUUAGAUUGGAUUUAUAUUUCCCUUAGUUAUGCAGUCAUGUGUAUAGUACAUAGAAACUGCAAUUUUCGAAUUUAUUUGAAAGUGGCGAACAACUUGAAUUCUGAAACAAAAUAUUUGCAUUGGAGACAUAUGAGAUACAUAUAGCAUUUUACACGAAUUGGUUAUUCUUCAUCAAAAAAUCAGGUCUUAGAGCAUACAACUCAUCCUAUACAUGCAAACAAUAUAUGGUGAAAAUGUUACUGAAAAGUACUCUAUACUGUGCUAAUGCAAAGAUUAUAGUAAGAAAGGAAAUAAUAUGAUCAGUAAGUAAAAGAAAAAUAAGUUAUAUUUAUUUUGAUGAGUGUGUCUAAAUUUUUGUUAUUUAGGCUUGUACCAAGUAUAAGUGUAGCACAAAUAUAUAUAUGGUGAACUUUCUAAAGUUUAUUGCUAACUUUAAAAUGCAUUUUGUUCACACUGGUUACAUAUCAGAUACCUGUCAUUGGUUAUACUUGGAUUGUGAUAUCCCAACCUUUUUGGUUUUCUAUGAAAAAUUGCUAUUUCUCAACUUCUUUAAAAAAUAAUAGAUUUAAAAUAGUUUUUAGUACUUAGAAAUAUCUUAAAUUUCAUUUUAAAUAUUUAUAAACAAAAUUCAUCAAAAGUUUAAUUUUCUUUUUAACAAAGGAUGAAUGAAUGAAAUAUAAAUUGUUAACUUUUUGCUGCUUUAAAAUUCAUAUUUAAUUCAUCGUUUGUUAAAAAAUUCUAAUUUUUUGUGGAAUAGAUUCUUAUAAUAUUAUAAACAUGAAAUACAAAAACUUUUUCACGAGUUGACUUAAAAGCACAAAACAAAAGUGGUAACAUGAAAUAUUUAAGAACCAUAAUAUGUUAAAAAGUUUGUAGCGAAUGAACAGUCCCUAAGAACACACAAGGUGUUCUCAACAACGUCGCCACAAUGAUAAGCUAAUGAACAGUCCCUAAGAACACACAAGGUGGUCUCAACAACGUCGCCACAAUGAUGCCAAAACGGCAAUCUUAGAUGCAUAUUACUUUGCCUGCCACCGAUCAACAACCUGUCAUUUUUAAUUAACCAAACAAAGGAUCUAACUCAUUCCGCGUUUUAAUCUUCCACACAUGCUCCCAGCUUGAAUCAAAUUUUAAAGAGCAUUAUAUAAUUAUAUAAUAAUAUAAAAUUGUUAUUGCUAUCUUUACAUGCAUAUGUUAUUGUUAUUAAUCAAUCAUGCCAAAGUUUAAUUAAUUUAAAAGUGGCACUGUGUAUGAUUAUAAAAAUUGCCGGCCAGACAGAUCUAUGUAAAUCAGUAUCAUUGGCUGGCUCAAAUCAUAGAAAAAUGAAUCUUACUAUAUUCUACCUCAUGGGUCUCGUGCAUACACAAAAUAAUACUAAAUAAUAACUAAUAAGUAAAGCAUAUAAAACAAAAUUAAGGAUGAACUUGAAGAAAAAACCAAAUUGAUCAGUAAUGGAAGGUGUUGAAGUUGAACGGCCAUUAAAACUUCACUUCAUUCCAUAUCUAGCACCUGGUCAUAUGAUACCUUUGGGUGACAUAGCAUCUCUUUUUGCAUUGCGUGGCCAACAAGUCACAAUCAUCACCACACCCUCCAAUGCCAAAUUCUUUACCAAAUGUCUCUCAUCCGUCGAUCCCUACUUCCUCCGUCUUCACACAGUCAAGUUCCCCUCCCUACAAGUCGGCCUCCCAGACGGCUAUGAAUCUUUGUCCUCCACCACUGAUCUUGACACCUCUGGAAAGAUCUACGCAGGCGCGAUGCUUCUCCAUGGACCCAUUCAGGAUUUCAUGGAGAAGGAUCCACCUGACUGCAUCAUUGGGGACAUCAUUUACCCUUGGGUUAAUGACUUGGCCCAUAAGCUUCAAAUACCAGUUUUCUGUUUCAACGGAUUCUCCCUCUUUACCAUCUCCCUUAUGGAAUCCCUCAGAAUAAACAAUUUCUUUCAUUCUCUCACAGAUUCGGAUUCAGGUUCGUUUGUUGUUCAAAAUUUUCCUCACAAUAUCACCAUGUGCUCAAGACCACCAAAGGUAUUCACCGGAUUCAUGGAAAUGAUGCUUGAGAUGAUACUCAAAACUAACGGACUCAUCAUCAACAACUUCGCUGAACUUGAUGGAGAAGAGUGCAUCGAACACUAUCAGAAAAUCACAGGUCAUAAAGCUUGGCAUCUUGGUCCGGCUUCUCUUAUUCGCAGAACAGAUCAAGAGAAAGCAGAGAGGGGAAACGAGAGUGUUGUGAGCGUGCACGAGUGUCUGAGUUGGCUCAACUCAAAGCAAGAUAACUCAGUGUUGUACAUAUGCUUUGGAAGCAUUUGUUACUUCUCUGAUAUACAACUUUACGAGAUUGCAUGUGGAAUUGAAGCAUCGGGUCAGGAAUUCAUAUGGGUUGUUCCUGAAAAAAUAGGGAAGGAAGAUGAGAGCAACGAGGAGAAAGAAAAAUGGUUGCCGGGGGGAUUUGAAGAGAGAAACAUUGGAAACAAGGGUUUGAUUAUUAGGGGUUGGUCCCCACAAGUUAUGAUUCUGAGCCACACUGCUGUGGGUGCCUUUAUGACGCAUUGUGGGUGGAAUUCAACUGUGGAGGCAGUUAGUGCAGGUGUUCCAAUGAUCACGUGGCCAGUGCAUGGCGAUCAAUUCUACAAUGAGAAGCUGAUAACUGAUGUGCGGGGGAUUGGAGUGGAGGUGGGUGCAACAGAAUGGUGCCUUGGUGGCGUUGGAGAAAAAGAGAUGGUGGUGGGCAGAGAUAGUAUAGAGAAGGCUGUGACGAGAUUGAUGAACGGUGGUGAUGAAGCUGAGGAAAUUAGACGGCGUGCUCGAGAGUUUGGGGAUAAAGCUAGACGAGCUGUUGAAGAAGGUGGCUCGUCUCAUAAUAAUGUGUUGGCUUUGAUUGAUGAUAUUAAAAGUUUGAGAGAUCUCAAGGCACAUUGAUUUUUUCAAUUCUAUUUAAUUGUAGUACUAGUAAAUUAGAUUGGAUUUAUAUUUCCCUUAGUUACAAAUCUUUGCUUUUGUGAGAAAUUAUUUCUCUAAUGCAAAGAGUAUAAUAAGCAAGCUUGCCUUUCAAAAUAA